AAGUUUUGAACAUAUUUUGAAUUUUUUGUUGUCAUUUGUAUUGUUAUUAUCAUAUGGUUUGUCAAUCAUUGGAUACAUCUGUCAUCAAGACAUAAGUGGACACAAUGUCAUUGAAGCAAAUGUGUAAAUAUGGUGAUCAAUGUUACCGCAAAAAUCCUAUUCAUUUCCAAGAGUUUGAUCAUCCAUUUGAUUGGCGCUCAAGACUGGCCAAUGAUAAAGACAACGGUAACAAUCGGGACACACAAACUAUGACCACAUCGACAGACAAUCAGUCUUUAUCGUCGUCUUCUUCUUGCACUUCAAUGACAUCACAUCCCAGUAAACGACUGAAGAGUUCACACGAGAGUCCAAUCAAUGAAACAAUUGAUUCAAAUAUUUUGGGUUUUUAUUUGACAAAAGUGUCCGCAAUUGACAACAAAUAUAAUGAAUUCAUUGCUAAAGCUAUUGAUUUGAAAAAUAUUUUAAACGAAAGAAAUGGCAAACUCUUAGAGUCCGUUCAUUUUAAUUUUAUGUUUGAUGUCAAUUGGCUUUUACAUCAAUACCCACAACAGUUCCGAUCGCUUCCAAUACUUCUUGUUUAUGGCUCCAAAAGGGAUGGGUUUGCUGACAAAGAGAUGCAAAACCAAAUCAAAGACCAUCCAAAUGUGCGUCUAUUUGGCGCCCAAUUGGUUGACAUGUUUGGCACUCAUCACUCAAAGAUGAUGUUCUUGAGGUAUGACAAGGGUUUGCGUGUUGUCAUUCAUACGGCAAAUCUUAUUGAAAACGAUUGGACUAAUAAAACACAAGGAGUUUGGGUUAGCCCUCUCUUUCCUCCAAUUCCUUCGAUUCAAGCAUCAGAUGCAGACAUCUCUCAGACCCGAUUCAAGACUGAUUUAAUCGAUUAUCUAAAGUGUUAUAACUCUAAAGAAAUUAAUUACUGGAUACAAACAAUUAAAAGACACGAUCUUUCAUCUGCUAAAGUGUUUAUAAUUGGAUCAACUCCUGGACGACAUAUAGGUGAAGACAAGUUUAGAUUUGGACACAUGAAGUUGAGACAACAUCUCUCUCAAAUGGGUCCUUCAGCUAAAACUGUGAACUCUAGUUGGCCCACAAUAGCACAGUUCUCCAGUAUUGGAUCAUUAGGUCCGACAUCAGACAAAUGGCUAACCAAUGAAUUUUUAAUUAGUUUAUCGACAGUUACUGGUAUUAAAUCAGAUAUAACUAAACCACAUCUUAAGAUUAUAUUCCCAUCUGUUGAAGACGUGAGGAUAUCCAUAGAAGGUUAUAGCGGUGGCGGAUCAUUACCAUACAGUUCACAAACACAUCAAAAGCAAACAUAUUUGACAUCAUUUUUGCAUUUAUGGAGAAGUGAUAUAAGAGGUCGUACGCGUGUCUGUCCACACAUUAAGACAUAUACUCGUGUUUCCAGUGAUUAUAAGCAAAUGGCUUACUUUGUUCUGACAUCCGCCAACUUAUCUAAGGCUGCGUGGGGUCAGCUCGAGAAAAAUGGCACUCAAUUAGCUAUAAAAUCCUAUGAAAUCGGUGUCCUUUUUAUACCAAAAUUAUUUGGAAAUCAAGAAUGUUUUGAUUUGACUAAAACUGAUGAAUCAAUAGUUAUGUCAAACACUUCCUCUUUUCCUAUGCCUUAUGACAUCCCUUUAACUAAAUAUAGACCAAAUGAUAAGCCGUGGACUUGGGAUACUCCACACACAGAAUUACCUGAUACUCACGGAAAUAGUUGGAUUCCUCAUUAGUUUUAAUAUUUUAUUAUUAUUUAUUGUUAUUUU